AUGGCGUUCAAGAAGGUGGUCGUCAUCAACUGCCAAGGCCACUUGCUGGGCCGCCUGGCCUCCGUGGUGGCGAAGGAGAUUUUGAACGGCCAACACGUGGUCUGCGUCAAGUGCGAGAACAUUAACAUAUCAGGGUCUCUGCACCGCAACAAACUCAAGUACCAGGCCUUCCUGCGGCUGCGCAUGAACUCCAACCCCAGGAGGGGCCCCUUCCACAUGAGGGCCCCCUCGCGGAUCUUCUGGCGCGCAGUGCGGGGGAUGAUUCGCCACAAGACAAUCCGGGGCAAGAAGGCCCUUUCUCGCCUCGAGGUCUAUGAAGGAGUGCCUGUGAAGUACGAGCGGAAGAAGAAGGUGGUGGUGCCGCAGGCGCUGCGGGUGAUGCGGCUGCGGCCGGGCCGGGACUUCUGCCGGUUGGGGGAGUUGAGCGAACUAGUCGGCUGGUCCAAGGGCGGGCUGAUCGCGCGCCUCGAAGAAAAAAGAAAAGCCAGAUCUUUGAAAUAUUACAAAAGAAAAAGAGAAGAGGCUCGUGCGACUGCAGCAGCAACGAAGGAAGCCACCCUUGCGCUGCCGCAGGAGCAGCAGCAGCUGCUGCAGCAGUGCGGCUACGCGUGA